CAGCGUGUUACAGUGGAUUGCGUUCUUAGUGGGUGUUUUGUUGCUGUAAGUGACGUGGCGACCCUCAGCGCGAGCUUGUGACAUCACUGUCUUGGAUGCACUAAAUAUGUCUGAAAAAGACAGCAGCGAAAACACUAGGGAUGACAUCCCAUCUCAGGUAGAACCAGAGGAUGCAGACAAGCAUUCAGCAGUCAAUAAGAUGCCAACCGAAAAAAGCAAGAGCCUGAUUGUCACUGAACCAGUGGCUAUAACCCGUAAACGCCCAGAGGCCAAAUCCAGCAGUAUGUCAUCAGAAGAGGAGUGUUUGCCAGAGAAACUAGUUCAGGAGGAAGAACCCAAAUCGCCAUCAAGCUGGGGCUACUGGGGAAACUGGGGCAAGUCACUGAUUUCUACAGCUACGGCCACUGUGGCCACUGUAGGACAUGGUAUUUCAAGUGCUAUUGAGAAGGCGGAGACAAGUUUGGGUAUUCCCAGCCCUGUAGAGUUGUCUUUCGGAAAUCAAGGGAAACCUACAGAUGGGGAGCAGCUCAGUGAUCCUGAAACUGAAGAGAACAGUGAGGCUCAGGACAGUGAAUCCACAUCACCCAUUACAGGAGCACUGGGCUUCUUCUCCAGCAUCUCAACAGCUGUACAAAGCACAGGGAAGACAGUCCUGACUGGUGGAUUGGAUGCCCUGGAGUUUAUUGGAAAAAAGACGAUGGACGUGAUUGCAGAAGGAGAUCCAGGCUUCAAAAAAACCAAAGGACUUAUGAACAGGAACACCACAUUGUCUCAAAUUCUACGCGAAGCAAAAGAGAAAGAGGAGCUGCAUGUGAGCAGUAAUGUAACUGCAGAGACAGAGAGAAAAGCUCACUACGGCUUAUUGUUUGAUGAGUACCAGGGUCUGGCGCACCUUGAGGCUUUGGAGCUUCUAUCUAAAGAGAACGAGUCAAAGGUAAAAUCUGUCCUCAGUGCUCUGUCGGGAGAGGAGCUUGAAACGCUGAAGUUAGAGCUGGAGUCCCUAAAGGAGACCUUCUCCUUAGAAGAGUUUGAUGAUGAAGAUGACGUGGAGAAGGGAGAAGAAGAAUUUAGCCAGGAUGUAAUUGCACUCUUUAAAGAAUUGCAAAUCCCAGUCAGGGCAGAGAAAAUAACCAGAGCACACAAAGCUUGCUAUGAUUGGAUGGCUAAACAAGAGGAGGAUCUGGCAGAAAAAGAGGAGGAGCCUAACUCAAACACUGAUGAGCAACAUAAGAAAACAACUGUGGAGGAUAUCCAUGAGUUUGCUGUUCGAAGCCUUGCUGAACUGACUGCCUGCUCUAUGGAUAUAUUUCACAAAUCAGCCACACUUAUCUUGCACGGAGAGACCCAAGUGCCAGCAAUAGCACGAGGCAAAGCUCUAUCACAGAUGACUAUAACACUCUGCAAAGAGCUUACACAGCUUUCAAAAAGGAUAACAGCACUUAUGACAGCUGCGGGGGCUGCGGAAAAGUCUGACGUUCUAAACCCACUAAUUACUGGAGUGUUCCUUGAGGCUUCUAAUAGUGCUUCCUACAUUCAAGAUGCUUUCCAGCUUCUCUUGCCAGUACUUGAAAUCUCCCACAUCCAGAGUCGGACUUAAUCGUUGCUAACAUUGUGUGUCUCCUUUUAACAACCUGGAUCUUUUGAGCAGUCUCAGUGACUUAUGGAAGCCAAACAGGUUCCUCUCCUGCUAUUACCAAAACAAUUAUCUCCUGCAAUAAAUAGGACCAUCCAUGGGAUUCUAACAAGAUGAUGUGACAAUGGGGCAAGUUUAAGAAACAACUUCUCACGAACCAAAAAACAGCUGUGUGUUUAAUCAAAAGGCUCCUAGGUGUAACAAAGAGUAUAUUAUGUUCUAAUAAGCAUCAUUUUAUUAAGACCCUACAUAGACAGGUGUGGUUGUCUCCCUAAGCUCUGAAGGAAAAUCAAGCAGACACUGGUUUAAAAUAUAAUUCUACAAAACCCUUUUAUUUACUUUGUCAGCUACAAUGAGGCAGGGAUUUUUUUAAGUCUUGUUGUGUCUCACUCAGUUCUCUCAUUUUUUAUGUCAUUGAAUCGUUCACACCAAUAUGUACACAAUGAAACUGUGUGAUUCAUCCUGUCAACAGUUUAUUAACAAAUCCAAGGUUUUUCCAUUGCAGGGCGUUCUCUUUCAUUUGUCCUGUUGUCUUCAUUAUGUGCAAUGUGUGUCAGUUGUGUUUGUAAUUUUAACUUUUGCUAAGAUUUUGUAUUAAUUGCAGCAGCAAUGUAAAUAUGUUUUCCCAUUAAGAAGAAAUAAGGUUUGUAGAUUUACUUUAGUAAAACAUAUUACCUUAUCUAAAAUUUUCCUUACCUAACAUGGUAGGGCUUUUCUGUAUUGUUUUUUCUAGUAUUGUGAAAUUCAGUCAAUAUAUUCUAAAUCCUGGGAGAGAUGAGGGGGAAAUACAUAUCUUAAUAGGCAUUGGUGGACAAACUGUUACAUUUCCAUGCCAACAGUAAAUUCUUAAAAAAAAGAGCCAAUAUAUUUCGUUUAAAACCCUUGGAUCCAAAGGUUUCGUACAAAGAGCAUAAAGGAAUAGUAGUGCAUUUCAAAUUUGACACGAAGCCUGUUUUGACAUUUAAUGGUAAGUGAACAACAUUAAGUUCCUGUAAGAGACUCCAGGUUGCCUAUUGCAGAGUAUUAGCUUCUCCUAUUUAUCACAAAUAGCUGCAGCAUCUAUAGUACUAACCGUGACGUAUACAAUAACUUAUACAUUAGUAAAGUCUCUCACCUUUGCAGAGGAGAGCCUAAUGCUAACCUUGGCAUCUGACCUUGUUUUCCAAUGUUCUCUAAGGCAUAUUCACUGACGCCAGACUUGUCUCCACCUCAGUCUCCUUACCACUUACCUGGGGUCGGCCCCGUCUCCAUAGUGACAUAGGCUUUUGCCCAUUCACAAAAACAUUGAUAGGUGAUUGUCACUGAUCCCAUGCCUGUACUCCACCUCCAAUCACUCUGUUUUAACUGUUACAGCGUGACCACUGUAAAAAGCUCCACUCCACAACCAGAUCGAUUAAAUAAAUGGAAUGUUAGCUCUCGCCAGUUAGCAAUCUCCAUUGCAAAGAGGCUUAUACAACAACAAGAAAGGGAGCAGCUAAAAUCAAAACAUAUUGAAAUAAUAUUCACAAAAACUAGGUCUAUGAUUAAAGCUGUCAGGGACGAAAUGCGUGAUACGUGCCUUCCGUGUCUGUUAUAGUUUUUCAGCUUGUGUUUUGCGUUUUUAUGAUUUUUUUUUUCAAUACAUUUUUGGUUUUAGCAGCUCCCUUCUUGUUUUGACAAAUAUUACUGUGAAAAGUAUCACAGGUUCUUUGAUAACCAUUCUCAUUUAUUCACCUACCCUAUUAUAUUCAAGAAGGCUAUGUGUACCUGCAGCUGGUAGGUGCAUGCUUCAAUCAAAUGUGUGUGCAUGCGGCUUUAUUGCAUAAGUGGCCAUUUGAUCAUUUUUGCUUCAAAGCUCUUUUGCAAAUGAUAGUCUAUAGCAGGAAAAAAAAAACAUUGUUGGGCAAAUUUGAAAUACACUACUUUUACAAAUGCCUUGUUAAAUUUGGACCCUAAAGUAUUAACUUUAAAUAAAAUACAUCCAAAAGUGUAGAGAUCUUUGUUUCUUGAUUAAGAAGAGUUAUAUCAAGUAAAAAAGGAGAUAGUAUUGUGCGUAGCGUAUAGGUAUUAUGUUUGUGGGAGAUGAGAAUGAAGUAUUUGGAACAGGAGAUUAGCUGGGCAGAAUUGACUUCUGACUGUAGCACACUCUGUUAAUAGGUUUCCAAGCCAAGUUGUAAGAAAAGCUUCUGUUGUAUCAAAAUACAAAGUGUAACCUCUUUGGAGGCUUGAAUAUUAUACUAGAUAUUUCUGAGUUAUCAUUAAUAUUUAUGAGGGUCAUUGAUUACCUAUGCUAGCUGGCUUGGCUAUAAUGCCAAAACAGAUUACCAAACAAUACUUUUUUUUCUUUUUUUUUUAAAGACUCAGUUUUAGCAUUUAUAAUAAAUGAGCCUAAAUACUUCUAAAUUUGUGUUUAUGCAGCAUUAAAAAUGUUAUCAUCAAGAAAACCUAAGGUACAUGCCAUUUUAUAUAUAUAUGCAUACAAAUAAAUACAAGAGGUUUUAAACAAAUAUCAAGGAUUUUUAGAUCAUUUAUUUGAUGCCAAACAACCUUUUACAUAUGUUAACUAAAUAUAACAACACUUUCUAAAGCAGAUAUCUAUAUUUAAUAUUCUCUAAGCCUUCUAUAAGAUCAUAUUGGUUACAAUUAAAAUGAUAUACAACACAAAAUAUCUGUAACACUAAAAUUCUAAUCUAGAACAGAUGUAUCAAUAGCAUCUAGUUUCCAUCCGUUAUCAUAAUGGCAAGAAUAGAUCAUUAACGUAUUAAAUUGCUUGAAUUAAUAAACAUGAGUUUGUUAAAAAAAAAUAUAAAGUGUGCUGUCGUUGGUAGUCACUUAAAGUAUUUUUGAAGAUGUUCUGAAGUAUGUUAUGUUAUUUGUUGAGAUGUAAAUCAGUGUAGAAAAUAUUACUCUUACAAGUUUUUUUUUCUGGUGCAAUAGCUUAAAGGGGUAUGAAACCCAAAUGUUUUAUGAUUCAGAUAAAGCAUACCGUUUUAAAUACAUUUCCAAUAUACUUCUAUUAUUAAAUUUGCUUCAUCUUCUUGGUAUCCUUUGUUCAAGUUGCAGCAAUGCAUUACUGGGAGCUAGCUGAGCACAUCAGGUGAGCCAAUGACAAAUACGCAUAUAUUUUCACCCACCAAUCAGCAGCUAGUUCCCAGUAGUGCAUUGAUGCUCCUGAGCCUACCUUGGUAUGCUUUAUAACAAAGGAUACCAAUUGAAUGUAGCAAAUUAAAUAAUAAAAGUAAAUUGGAAAGUUGAUGAAAAUGUCAUGCUCUGUUUGAAUCAUAUAUAUAUAUUUACUUUAUUGUCCCUUAAAGAGCUUCAUGACACCACUACUAUUCAGCUUAUGGCUUCUGUGAGUAACUAACAUAUUGGAUCCGGAUUGGGAUAUAUUAAAAAAUUACACUUAUGUUCUUUUAAGCUGAAAAAACAUUGUCUGUUUACAAUUAUUUAAAAAAAUUCUAGCCAUAGGAUGCAAAAUUUUUAUCAAAUCUCUAAGAAGGAAUGCAUAACCCUGCUUCAAUAGCCUAAAAUGCGUAAGUGUCAAAUGGUGUGGAAAUAAGAUCACAGGACAAAGCUGCCACCACACCACUAAAAGACACAGCUUAUAUAAACAAGGAUAGUUCUGUAACUAAAGAAAAUAUCCCUUACAUAAAAAGGCAAGGGAUUACAUCACAUCACAUCACUGUUCAAGGCUUCAGCAUAUGCUUCCUGUGUAAUAUGUAACAGGGUUUUUAUAUCUUCUGUUUGUUGGUGCGCACCUUUUAUAUGUUGUUAUUAAUUGUUGUUUAUUGUGUUUCUACUAAUAGCUGAGGAGCAAAUCUGUAUUUUUCUGUAUGUAAAUAUUUGUUUUUUGUUUGUAUACAAAUAAAAAAAUAAUAAACCUACUUUUUAUCUGAA